CCCGGACUCUGCGAGCGCUGGGCACCGGCCGGGCUGUGGUCCGCGCGCGCAACCGCCGCCGCCUCCUCGCAAGCAGGCUCGGCCGGGUGCGGCGGGCGGGCAGGGGCGAUGGGGGCGCGGUGAGCCGGGGCCCGCGGGCGCGGCCGGACCGCCGCGAUGUGGCUCAAGCCCGAGGAGGUGUUGCUCAAGAACGCCCUGAAGCUCUGGGUGACCCAGAAGAGCAGCUGCUACUUCAUCCUGCAGCGGCGCCGCGGGCACGGCGAGGGGGGCGGCCGCCUCACCGGUCGCCUGGUAGGCGCUCUGGAUGCGGUCCUGGAUUCCAACGCGCGGGUCGCUCCGUUUCGAAUUCUACUUCAAGUUCCCGGCUCCCAGGUUUAUUCCCCCAUAGCAUGUGGUGAGUUACUGAACGGAUCGGACGUUUACUGGGCCAUAGCCGCUGGUGCAACGUUGGAGGAAAUCAACCAGCACUGGGACUGGCUGGAGCAGAACCUCCUGCACACGCUGUCUGUCUUUGAUAAUAAAGAUGACAUUGCCAGUUUCGUGAAAGGUAAAGUCAAGGCCCUGAUUGCCGAGGAGACCAGCAGCCGGCUCGCUGAGCAGGAGGAGGAGCCCGAGAAGUUCCGCGAGGCGCUGGUGAAGUUCGAGGCCAGGUUCAACUUCCCCGAGGCCGAGAAGCUGGUCACCUUCUACUCGUGCUGCUGCUGGAAGGGCAGGGUGCCCCGCCAAGGCUGGCUGUACCUCAGCAUCAACCACCUCUGCUUCUACUCCUCCUUCCUGGGCAAGGAGCUUAAACUUGUUGUCCCUUGGGUUGACAUCCAGAAGUUAGAGAGGACGUCCAAUGUCUUCCUGACGGAUACCAUCCGCAUCACCACGCAGAACAAGGAGCGGGACUUCUCCAUGUUCUUGAACCUGGACGAGGUGUUCAAGAUCAUGGAGCAGCUAGCGGAUGUGACGCUUCGAAGGCUGCUGGACAACGAAGUCUUUGAGCUGGACCCGGAUCUGCAGGAGCCGAGCCAGAUCACCAAGAGGGACCUGGAAGCCAGGGCACAGAACGAGUUCUUCCGGGCUUUCUUCCGGUUGCCGCGGAAGGAGAAGCUGCACUCGGUCAUGGACUGUUCCCUGUGGACCCCGUUCAGUCGCUGCCACACCGCGGGGCGGAUGUUCACCUCUGACAGUUACAUCUGCUUCGCCAGCAGAGAGGACGGCUGCUGUAACUUGGUCCUCCCGCUCAGAGAGGUAGUGAGCAUCGAAAAGAUGGAGGACACCAGUCUGCUGCCCAACCCCAUCAUUGUCAGCAUCCGGAGCAAGAUGGCCUUCCAGUUCAUUGAGCUCAAGGACCGAGAGAGCUUGGUGGAGAGUCUGCUGGUGAGGCUGAGGCAGGUCCACGCCAACCGCCCUGCCCGUUACGACACCUCGGCCAGCGACGACAUGACCUCACUGUUUUACUCGACCAACAUGUGCAGUGACCACAAGUUUGGGGAUGUGGAAGUGGCGGCGGCGCAGAAUAACGAGCAGAAUGACGAGGAGACGAGCCCGCCGCGGCACCCCGAGGCUCUGACCGCUGUCCUCCAGCAGUCGGGGGGUCAGAGCCCCGACUGCCACCUGUCCAGGGAGCAGAUUAAGAUCAGCCUGUGGAACGACCACUUCGUGGAGUACGGCAGGACCGUGUGUAUGUUUCGCACCGAGAAGAUCCGGAAGCUCGUGGCCAUGGGGAUCCCCGAGUCGCUGCGUGGGCGGCUCUGGCUCCUUUUCUCAGAUGCCGUGACGGAUCUCGCGCUGCACCCCGGCUACUAUGGGAGCCUGGUGGAGGAGUCCCUGGGGCGGGGCUGCCUGGUGAGCGAGGAGAUAGAGCGGGACCUGCACCGCUCGCUGCCGCAGCACCCUGCCUUCCAGAGCGAGACAGGGAUAGCCGCGCUGAGGAGGGUCCUGACAGCCUAUGCCCACCGGAACCCCAAGAUCGGAUACUGCCAGUCCAUGAACAUCCUGACCUCCGUGCUGCUGCUCUACGCCAAGGAGGAGGAGGCCUUCUGGCUGCUGGUGGCCGUGUGCGAGCGGAUGCUGCCCGACUACUUCAACCACCGCGUGAUCGGGGCGCAGGUGGACCAGUCUGUCUUCGAGGAGCUCAUCAGGCAGCACCUCCCGGAGCUGGCGGAGCACAUGCAGGACGUCUCGGCCCUGGCGUCCGUCUCCCUCUCCUGGUUCCUGACUCUGUUCCUCAGCAUCAUGCCCCUGGAGAGCGCCGUGAACGUCGUCGACUGCUUCUUCUACGACGGCAUCAAAGCCAUCUUCCAGCUGGGGCUGGCCGUGCUCGAAGCCAACGCCGAGGAGCUGUGCAGCAGCAGGGACGACGGCCAGGCCUUGAUGGUCCUCAGCAGGUUUCUAGAUCACGUCAAGAAUGAGGACAGCCCCGGAGCCCCGGCUGGCAGCCACCACGCCUUUUUCUCUGAUGACCAGGAGCCCUACCCCGUAACUGACAUUGCCGACCUCCUCCGGGACUCCUAUGAGAAGUUUGGAGACCAGUCCGUGGGGCAGAUCGAGCACCUGCGGUGCAAGCACAGGAUCAGGGUCCUGCAAGGCCACGAGGACACCACGAAGCAGAACGUGCUCCGCGUUGUCAUCCCAGAAGUCUCGAUUCUUCCCGAAGACCUAGAGCAGCUCUAUGACUUAUUCAAGAGAGAACACAUGAUGAGGUGUUACUGGGAGCAGCCGAGGCCCGUGGCCCUGCGCCAUGACCCCAGCAGGCCCUACGUGGAACAGUACCGCAUCGACGCCCGGCAGUUUGCACACCUCUUCCAGCUGGUCUCACCGUGGACCUGCGGGGCCCACACGGAGAUCCUCGCCGAAAGGACGUUCAGGCUGCUGGAUGACAACGUGGACCAGCUCAUCGAGUUCAAAGCGUUUGUGAGCUGUCUAGAUGUUAUGUAUAACGGGGAAAUGAAUGAGAAAAUUAAACUGUUGUAUAGACUCCAUAUCCCUCCAGCACUCACUGAGAAUGACCGAGACAGCCAGUCACCAUUAAAGAACCCGCUGCUGUCAACAUCGAGACCCCUGGUUUUUGGGAAAUCCAAUGGUGAUGCAGCAGACUAUCAGAAACAGCUGAAGCAGAUGAUUAAAGAUUUAGCCAAAGAAAAGGAUAAAACUGAGAAGGAGCUGCCCAAAAUGAGCCAGAGAGAAUUUAUCCAGUUCUGUAAGACUUUAUACAGUAUGUUCCAUGAAGACCCGGAAGAAAACAAUCUCUACCAAGCCAUCGCCACGGUCACUACGCUGCUGCUGCAGAUUGGGGAAGUGGGCCAGCGAAGCAGCAGCUCCGGGAGCUGCUCCCAGGAGAGUGGGGAGGAGCUGCGGGCCGGGGCCGCCUCUCCCGGGCAGGACUCCGUGUUUGCCGACAUGGAUGCCAGGAAGAACCCCCAGGACUCCAGGGCGUUUCCUGAGGCCUCAGAAGGGGACUGGACUGUCUCCCUUGAGCACAUCUUAGCCUCACUUCUGACAGAACAGUCACUGGUGAACUUUUUUGAAAAGCCAUUGGACAUUAAAUCCAAACUUGAAAAUGCCAAGAUCAAUCAGUACAGUCUGAAAGCUUUUGAAAUGAGCCACCAAUCACAGCCUGAAUUCAAGCUGAGUAACCUGUAGCAAGACAGUUCCUUCAUGGAGUACACUGGAGCCUGCUGUACCAAAGCCUAGACCACAGCCCGGCCCUUGGGUUGUCAGUGCGGAAACACACUGUCCCACGGGCUGGGUGUGGACAAGCAGCCUGACAACUGUCAGCUUCCUGGACGCUGUGACUCCGUUCCCUGACAGCAGAGUGGCUGAAAUGGGCACUUCUCCUGGUUACCAGUGUGACUUUAUUCUGAUGGAACCCAGGAGUCAGACUAGUCCCAGCAACCAAGACGGAAAACCCCAGGCUCUCGUUUUUCAUUUAAGAGAUUGGGAGGUCCAGAAUGAGAUUCACUUUUAAGAUGAGAGCCACUUAUCUGUGCAAUUGUAUUUGGCUUUUUUGCACUAAUUUUGUUUCAAUGCUGGUAAUUGAAACCAUUUUAAUAUAUUUGGUUGUUAUCACUUUGUA